AAAUUCAAAAAUCUGAAUGAAAAACAAGAAGAUUGGAUCAAACAUUUACACAGAUUGAAUUGAUUUUGCAUAGGCCCCCUCAGAACAGCGCAUAUUUUUUGUGCAGAAUUCGAGGUGAGCCUCCGCAUGAUCGUCGGUGCAUCAUCCGUAAGCCACCGCGUAGAAGGAUUCAUAUGACCUUUACCCAGAUAACGUUUCUCAUCUCUAGAAAACAGAAGUGAAACAUGUCCAUUCCCAACUCAACUACUAUACCUCUUCCAACGAACUCAACCCCCACAUCCACAAACCCCUCCACUCAACCGUCAAAUUCCUCACCAUAUCCGGCAAACUAGACGAGGCCCUUCAACUCAUCGAAUCCCACCCCAUAACCCACCGAAACCUCCUUACCUACGAAACCCUCCUCCGAGCCUGCAUCGCCAAGAAAUCCUUACACCACGGCCAGAGACUCCACGCUCAGCUCCUUCGCUCACGGGGGCGAAAGGGCGCCCACCACAACCUCCUCAACAACCCCGUGUUGAAAUCCAAGCUCAUCACCCUCUACUCUGUUUGCAAUCGAAUCAACCUAGCCCGCCUCCUUUUUUACGACGACAGGAUCGAAACGAUCCCCGAGUCGGUUUGGGUGUUGAUGGCGAUUGGGUAUUCGCAAAACGGGUAUUCGAAGGAUGCUCUGUCUCUUUAUGUGGAUAUGUUGAGGUUUUUGCGACCGGGUAAUUUUAUGUUCUCGGUUGCUCUCAAGUUGUGCGGUGAAUUAUUUAUUGUUGGGGUUGGGAGAGGGGUUCAUGCCCAGAUUGUUAAGAGUGAGGAAGGACCGGAUCAGUUUGUGUACAAUGCUCUGCUUAGGACCUUAUGUUGUAUUCGGAAUGUGGGUGUUUUGAGGACGUAGUCCGGAUGUUUGACGAAAUGCCUCAACGAGAUAUUGUUUCAUGGAAUUUGUUGAUUUCUGGGUUUGCAGGGAGAGGUCAUCUGUUUGAGGCUUUUGAUGCUUUUAGGAGGAUGCAGGUGGAGGGAGUGGGCUUUGAUGGGUUUACUUUGACCGCAGCGUUACCCGUCUGUGCUCGAAUUAAUGCACUUUCAGGUGGAAAAGAGAUACAUGCCCAAAUGGUGAAGUCGGUGAUCAGGCCGAAUGUGUUCGCGUUAAACUUGCUAAUGGACAUGUAUGCGAAAUGUGGAGUGGUGGAUUAUGCUCGGAGAAUAUUUGAUGGGAUGGGAAGGAGGAGAGAUUUGAGGUCGUGGAAUACUAUGCUUAACGGGUAUGCAAUCGCUAGACGUAUGGAAGAAGGAUCAAAGUUGUUUGAUGAGAUGCUUGGUUCUGGAUUCAGCCCUAAUACGUUCACGUUUGAUGCCUUAAUAUCAGGUUGCAGCCACAUGGGGCUCACAACAGAGGGCGAGACAUUGUUUCACAGAAUGCAAACUGAAUUUGGAAUCUCACCAAGUGUAGAGCAUUAUGCUUGUUUGGUAGAUAUACUAGGUAGAGCAGGGAGACUCAAGGAGGCACUGGGAGUAGUGAAAAACAUGCACGAGAAGCCCAGUGGUCGCAUAUGGGGUUUAUUACUCAAUUCAUGCCACAUUUAUGGCGGCCUUCAUCUUGCAGAGACUAUUUCAAGGGUUUUGUUUGAGUUUGAACCAAAAUAUGUAGAGAAUUACGUGGUGCUGUUGAGCAUUUAUGAAAAUGUGGGACUAUGCUGACGGUGUUAAGAUGGUGAGAGAGAUGAUGGAAAAGCAUGUCAAGAAAGAGGUUGGAUGCAGCUGGAUUGAAAUAAAAAAUAGGUUCCACACUUUUGUGGCUGGUGGAGAUCUUGAACUUGGUAGUUCAGAGGAGUAUCAGAAGUUGUGGAGUGAAUUUAAGGAAGCUAUGAAAGUCAUUGGGUAUUAUAAUGGACCGGAUUAUGGGGUUGUGCUGCGUGAUGUUAAUGAGGAAAUUAAGAAGGCGUGGAUUUGCGGACAUAGUGAGCCACUUGCGGUCAUGUUUGGACUCAUUCACACAGGAUCUGGAAUACCACUUAGGAUCACGAAGAAUCUUCGUGUUUGUGCAGAUUGUCACUCUUGGAUGAAGACCAUGUCCCAAGUUACUGGAAGAGUGUUCAUUUUGAGGGAAAAGAAACACUUCCACCAUUUUGAAAAAGGGAGCUGCUCUUGCAAGGAUUACUGGUGAUAUCACCAGAUACUUUUGGAGCACAUUGUCAUGGCCUUGGUGUUCUAGAAAAUUCUGCAAGGUGUGCAACCUCUAGUUUAUGUGUAAAGAUAGACGAAAAAACGUGUUCACAAAGCGCUAACCACAAUCCUUGGGACAGUGAUUAAGCUUCAAUCGUAAUGCUGGAAAAUUUGCAAAGUGUGUACAAAAAUUUAGAAGGGUAUUGAAAUUCGUUGACUGUUUAUUGAGGUUCUAACUCCUUUUUUUUUUUCCUUCAUAUUUUGCCUCUUACAUGUAAAACGGUAACAUGGUUAAGGAUGAAUAAUGCUUGUUGAAAAAUACCCAAAGUUCUUGAAAAAUGUCAAAGUGUAUCAAAAUUCACAAGUAUAAUAUUUACUGAAGUUCCAACUUCUUCUGAGAUUGUUCCCUUUACCCAAUUUCCAGUUAAUGGGCAGUCUGCGUAUGUACACACGCGCGCGAGGGGCUCUAUGGUUCGAAUCUCGCCAAGUGCGAGGUGAUGUUUCUGUGGGGGUUUAUUCCCGCACUGUGGAUCCCCUUCUCCCUCCCCCUUGUAAAUAAGCUUGUGUAGAAUUUUCUAUCUUAUAGAGAAAAAUUGCAUGCAUGUAUUUGUAUGGCUGUAUUGUACUUAACUGUAACUGAUGGCAGAUGGAGUUGGUCUCAAGAUAAAACUCCAGAUACACCUUCCUUGCAUCCUCAUCCAAUUUUGUCAAACACUUCAACAUGCUGGAUUUUGCAUCACAGUAAGGAAAACCUGGCCUUCCGGAGUCUUUCUGGAAGCAAUCGCUGAGAUGCCAAGCAAGUCUAGACCGUUUCUCUUCGCCCGCUAGAAUCUCCGAACACCCAGCAAACAGAUUCUGGUACGCGUUUUGCCAACAGGAGUUCGAUUUGGCCAUCCUGUUCUUUGCGUUUUCGACGAGCUGUACUCCCUUUCUGUUCCCCGGUGUUUCCAUUGAGAAUUCGGCAACUAUGUCGCCGGAAAUCGCGGAAUUCUCUGAUGGGUUUUCAGUUGGAGUUUCUUUGGAAGAAAAUAACCAUCCCCUUGUCUGGUUGCUUUGUGAAAGCAAGAAAACGGAAUACAGAAACCAAAGAAACUUGUUCCGAUUAUCCAUGUUCUCUAUUGUCUUCUUCUUUUUUUGGGGGGUAAAUGUUCUCAAUUUUUCUUAUGCUUUCAAAAAACCUGUAUUAAGGCCAAGAUCAAGCGUUAUCAGUAAGCUUCCAGACUUCCA